GAGAGUCACCCCCAGUCGCCUUGUUGCUGCUGCUGCUAUGGCCGCGUGUUCAGUGCGACCCCACGCCCCAGCUCCUCCCCACCAGCAUCACCACAGCUGAGAGGAGACGGAGGCACCAUGAAGUGGCUCCUGGUCGCAGCGUUCAUCUCCCUCCCGCCUGUGACGUCUGCUGUGAAGCUCCAACUCUCCCUACCAGAGAGCCUGGAUGUGACGGAGGGACAGAGCGUGACUCUUGCCUGCUCAUUCUCCCCACCGUCGACCGAUUUGAGUGACCUCUUCAUCUCGUGGGUCAUGAUACCGACAGGCUACCCAAUCUACGACUCACAUCUUGGGAAUCUCUGGCUUGAAAUAGCUGAGUUUGCGGGAAACGAGGAGAAGGGCGACUGCUCGAUUAGGCUCUUGAACAUCUCCAGGAACCUCGGCCCCGUGCUUAAGUGCCACGUCUACUGUUACCACUGUGGGACGGAUGACUGGAAGGUGGAACGAGAGGUGAAGCUGAACGUGACGGCUGCAGCUCCACGUUCACAAGGCGGCACAAGUGGCACGACUGUCGCUCCUGAAGGGGAGACCUCCGCCACACCAGUGGUCGAAUGGUGGUGUAGGGUGCUGCAGACGAUGUUGGCGAUGGGUGUGACCCUGGGACUUGGGGCUGUCAUCGUCACCUGCAUUCCGCUUCCUCAGCAGUCUGGGAGCUCCCCCCACUCACGCAGUGGUGAUGGGCAAGCAGACGUGCACGGUGAUGUGGAGGUGAAUGGGCAUCUACUGAUGAUGGUGAAUGGACACAAGGGGAAAACGGAGACAAAGGCAUGAACGCCGUGUGAAGAAAUCUUCUGUGGGUCCCCCCCCCGUGACCACCCUGGCCGGCACGUGGAGCCGCUCUUACCCACAGUCCCAUGCAGGAGUGCAGUGCUGACCGCCUGUGGUUCAUGAGCUGAUUGUUGACAGACCAUGCUUUUGUCAUCUCUCUCCCUCUCUGUGACUCUCAACACUCCUCUUUGGCCACUUCAAAUCCCUCACCGCGAAAUUUCACACGAUUCAGAAUCCUACUGCUGCCUCACCUCACGGCUUCUGUAAAUGAAACCUCAUCAUCCCAAUCCUCAGAUUUCCCCACUGGCUCCCAAUCCGGUCCCCUAUCGACUGAGACAUCGCACUCUGCACCUACACUCUACCUCUCCUCUCUCUUCAGGGGAUCCCCCAAAUAUGUCUGUUAGGGACCGAAAAGUUGCGACUUAUAACGAAACGACGUAUAGUGGGGACUUCCCCCCAUAGGAAUACUACUCCGUGUGAAUGGAGGUGUGAUAGGGACCGAAAGGGCAUAAACAUUGCCUAUGCAAUACAAAGCGAAGCAGUUUCUCCCAUAAGAAACAAUGGAAUAAGGUAGGGAUAGGGACCGUGCCUUAGGGAAAUGUGUUUAAUACCUAUCAACCAAAAUACGUACUUUACACGUACAAAAACUAAGUACUGUACAUAUACAGUACCUUACAAGACAAACUGUACACAUAACCAAUUCUGAGUUCAAGAACCGUGAAACAGUAUUUUAACUUGUUAAACACUUUCUUGAAAAUCAGCUUUAUAAGCAUUUCGAUGCAACCCUCUGCACUUUAAACGUUUUCCUUUUCUUAAUAGAAAAAUAAUUCGUGGCAUUUUAAAGAAAAGAUUCCAGUAGAAAACCAUUUUUAAUGGGAAAAAAAGCACUAUCUUAAACAGCAUUAUAAAAAAGAUGUUACCUUAACCUGUGUUUAUGAUCUUACCUUGAGGAGUGGAUGAGUAGCUACGCACGCCAGAGAACACCAUGGCACUUAAAGUGGUGGCGUAUGCGCGAGUUGUACAGUACUUCUAUACCCCCCCACCCCGAACCAAAUUGAAAUCGAUUAUUCAAAAUCGAUAAUCGUCACCAGUGUUGGUCGUGAACGGGACUUGAAGUCGGGUCGCUGGGCUCGUAGCGGAGCGCUAACCACUGCAUGCUAACCGCUGCACACCCACGCACAAUGUUUCCCACUUGGCUCGGCUGAACUGGUUUAACGAUGUGUGUUUACGAGUGCGUGGAAAUAUUGCAGUGCAUUCCUCAAAGUCGGCGACGUGAGUGCAAAACAAGGCAGGGUGUGUGUAUAUCGAGACGAUGAACAGCAGGGACCCCCUGCACUCCCCACCACGUGUUCUCCACUCUAGCAACCAAGGCCUUCUGUCAAAACCCUCAGUCAACCCCUCAAUGUCUGCUCGCUUAUUCUCACCCAAUCAUUCAACGAGGCUCCAUGAGUCGGAAGACACUCUUUUGUACACGUGGGAGGUAACUGGAGCAACCUUCAAAAAUUCACGCAGAUGGGAGUCAGUCCCACUUGCCCCACUGCCUUUUCCUGGUCACUUCGUAGCCCAGUUCAGGGGAAUCUCACAAAUCUGUGAUUCGUGAAUCCUCGACUCCAUAGCGCCCGCCGCUCUCACCACAGAUUCCCCCUGCUCACGUCCAGACUCCAGAAGUUCCCUCCUUUCUGUCUGUGUCCCUCCCCUGUGUCUCUCCCCUGUGUCUCUCCUCACCUGGGCUACACCACCGCUGUAUUCCUUCUCCCCUGAGCUCCAUGCAGAUUUUCUACAGCCCCUUCCUGCUCUACUGAAUGUGUCAGCAUUCUGUCUGUGUGUGAACCUGAGUGGAUGUGCGAGGUGUGUGUGUACAAGUGUGAGCGAGAGGAAGGGGGUGGCAGUGGAGUGGUUGUGGUGCAGUCUGACUUGUGUGUGGUUUGAAGGGACCAGAAUCAGUGCAUGCGUCGUAAACGCAAUGCACGAGUCUGACUCAAAGGGUUCCUGCACUGGGAAUGGUUGACACAUUUUGUCACGAAUUAUUCUUGUACAUGCCUUAAACUUUCCACGAAGUAAUAUAUGUGCAUUGUAUUUUUACUACUGGUAAACGAUCUCGCUGACCCAUGCUGUGUUUACGACAGUUGGGAAGUAUGGGUAGAAAGGAGUGGUUCCUGACCUCUGGAUCGCAGUCCAUGGCAACCCACAAGGCCAUGGGAAUUGCUCUGUCGAACGGUUUAAGACACCACUGCAAGUUCCUCCUCACGUGUAGAGGCUUGACAGUGAACGUGGGUCUAGAAGGGGUGGGAACCACUAGUCUAGAUGAUCCAUAUUUUCAGUGACCGUAAGCCAUUGGUUUAGACAUCUCAUGUAUGAAAUAUUUAGUGUUGUGAAAUAUGCCUUUAAGGUCCAUAUUUUGUAUUUAUGGAUGUAAAUAUUGUUUUAUGAAAUCUGUAUAUUGCAAACAUUGGCUUAUUUUUAAAAGCAUUGGUGUGGGAAAAACAAUUAUUUAUAUAUUUACUAUGAGAAAAAAUUGGUGUAAAAGACUUGUACCU